AUGAGAUUUCUUCGAAAAGAAUUGCAUUUAACUUUGAUCAUAACUAUUUCGAUUCUUGCAAUAUUUAUCAAACAAGAGAAAUUGAUGAUAAAUUCGGAAAAACCAAAAAAUUGCUAUGUGAGUUAGAGGUUUUUGGGUGCGAAGGAAAUUCUUGGAUACGGUGGUGGAAAAACUGAUCAUGUGAGGAUUUUUUUAUACCUUUAGAGCUUGUUUGUUAAGCAGCCGAGCCUAGAGAACCUAAUUGUCUAGGAGGCACGCCUAGAAAUUCAAAUUUUCAAGGAUCAGCGCCUAGAGAACCUAACUCUCAAGUAACCACGCCUAGAAAUUCUAGUUGGCAAGUAGCAACGCCUAGAAAAUUCGAUUUUCAAGGAUCAGCGCCUAGGGAGCCUAGUUUUCAAGCAGCCAAGCCUAGAAACUGCAAUUUCCAAGAAUUAGUGCCUAGAGAACCUAACUCUCAAGUAGCCGCGUCUUGAAAUCCACUAUGACAAGGAGUCGAGUCUUGAGAGCUUCUAAACCAAGCAGCCGCGCUUAGAAAUUCUAGUUUUCAAGUAGCCACGCUUAGAAAUUGCAAUUUCCAAGGAUUAGUGCCUAGAGAACCUAGUUUUCAGGUAACCACGCCUAGAAAUUGCAAUUUUCAAGGACCAGCGCCUAGAGAACCUGACUCUCAAGCAACCAAGCCUAGAAAUCUCUCAGAUUCUCUUCUCAAAAAUUUCCAAAACCCCCAUUUUUCAGGACGCAUUUUUCCCGCCACCUGUGAAAUACAAAACCGAACUAAAUUGGAUAGAUGCUCUAAUUAUUAUCAUCUCACUAAUUGUUCCAGCCUAUCUGCUUCUUCUUUGUUAUCUCUCAGCUAUUCUACCAAAAACUGAUCAAUUCGACAAACUUGAAUGGGUAAAACGCAAGAUCAAAGAUAUGGGUGGAGAAAAACAGCCAGCAAUGGUUUGGACACCUUGGACACCAACAACUAAAACAACAACAACAACAACAACCAGCACAACAAGAUAUAGAUCUGACGAUAGUGCAAGAAAUAUUAUUGAAUUCAGUGAUGAUGAUGAUAAUGAUGAAAAAAAGAAAGAAGAAGAGGCGAAAGAAGUGUUGAACUUGGAUAAACUUCAAGCAGUUCCAGCUGAUAAAUCAGCAUCAUUUGCAUAUAAACAAGAGGAGAAACAAUUCGAAAUAUCGACACAAGAAAUGACUCGAGAAGAAUUGGAAAAACUCGGAGCUGAUAUUCCAUUGACAAGUGAUAAAAAAGCGGGAUAA